AUGAAUUGGAACAUUGAGAGUACAGUACCCUUUGUUCCUCCUCCAGAGUCUUCUUUAAGCUUCUUAUACAACUAUAACAACUAUAACAACUACACUUAUUCAGGAAUGGAAGCAAGUGAAGUGGCAUUGUGUGAGACACAGCAAAGGUUGCUUCCUAUGAUUGAUGAUGAAAUGAAUAUGAUUAAUAAUGGAAAUGAGCGUGGAGAGAUGAAGAACAAGAAGAUAAAAUUAACAAGUAACCAAGUUGAAUCAUUGGAGAGGAGUUUUCAAGAAGAAAUAAAGUUAGACCCUGAAAGAAAGACGAAGCUUUCUGCUGAGUUAGGGCUUCAUCCUCGCCAAAUUACCGUGUGGUUUCAAAAUAGGCGCACUAGGUGGAAGACCAAGCAACUAGAACAUUCCUAUGAUGUUCUUAAACAACAUUUUGAUAUUGUCUGCAUAGAAAAGCAGAAACUUCAAGAAGAGGUUAUGGAGUUAAAGGAAAAGCUAAAAGAGAAAGCUGAUUUCAGGACACAAACAUUUGGUGAUGAAACGCUAGAAAGCACAUCAGAAGGGUUGGGACAAAGAGAGAUUGAAGGAGAUUAUCCAUAUCCAUGCUCCAACAAUAACCAAGGAACAUCAAGUAGCACUCAACAAGUUGCAGUGGGAUACGACUAUAGUUCAUUCAUUGUUGAAGAACUAAACUCAGCUUCAUUGCUUUCUGAGUUUCACUGGCAUGAGUUACCUUAUCAUCCAUAA